AGUUAGCAAUGAUUUAGUUUUCGGGAAGGAAUGUUGCCACGGCUGUGGUUACCACGGUAACUGCAACAGGGUGUGUGUGCAGUCAGUGACAGGGCCUGCCAGACCCCUUAAGGUGUGUGCCUCUGUUUUGUUUACCUCACCUGUCUGAAAGGGAGGAAAAGGAGGUGGAGGCCAUUUUGCCCUUCUUGGUUCCCAGGGCGAAUGGGCGGAAGAAAGAAACAGAAUUAAUAAAUCAGUGAGGAGCAGCGAGAGAACACACCUGCUGAGCUCAUUCCCUGAGCUCCAAGGAUUAUCGCAGGACAGGUGAUCCUUUCCGACUUAAAACACCUGUCGGAAAUGCAUCGUGUUUGACAUCCUCGCAAGCGAAACGUAUCAGUGACAGAAAAAAAAAUGAAAAGAGGGACUUUAAACUCGAUUUGGGGGCGGAAGAAUAAUAAUCUCUUCGGCACCCAUGUUGAAAUUAAGGAAAGGGAAAAUGUAGAAUUGGUUCUGGAUUCUGCUGCGUUUCCAGAAUCUGGGACAGCAAAAGUGCGAGCCCGACCCACUGUUAAACACAUCUCCAGUGGUUCAACCCAUGCUUGCUCUGAAGUUGUGCAAGGAUUUGCUGUUCCAACUCCAAAAGUGCCCCCUGCCGUCAUUCAGCCAGGGAUCACUGCAAAAGAAAAUGGUGCAAAGUCCAAUAGCUACUCCAAUGGAAUAGUUGCAGAAUUUCCCGAUAUGGAGGAAACGAUAUACAUCCCACCCCCACCAGCAAUGGCCCCACCACCACCUCCCCCAAUAUCUCAACCCAUUCCUCCUCCCCUAGAGUUUGCCAAUGACCCUGCCCCUUCUCCCUCUGUUGCUGUCUCUUCCCCAAACUUGGAUCUGGCUUCUUUGUGUCCUCCACCCAUGGCCCCUCCAAGCCCACCCAAACAGUUCUUUAAAAAGGACCCCGAUAUUGCUCCCUUCAAACCACCACCUCCUAUGGCACCCCCAAAGCCCCCCUCAGGGAAGUCGCACAAGAACCUGCAGCAGACCUCCUCUUCAGCAUACAGAAAUCCCAACUUCAGCGAAGACUAUACCCCUCAGCAUCCACAUUUUUCUCCUCCCCCACCCCCACCACUAUCCCAGAAACAGCCGUCCCAUGUGGGCCCUCAGCCUGCUCCCUCUGUGCCAGCCAAAACCCACAAAAUGCCCCCUCCCAAACCAAUGAGAAAUUCCUCCAUGCCAAAUCAAGACAUGCCACCACAGCAGCCAGCUCCCGCUCCACCUCUUCAAAAAUCCAUGCCCUCCAGCUUCAACCCCCAAAAUGCUGCCAAGCUGUACAACCCAGAGAGCACGGCCCAACCAGGCAGCAAGUCUGAGAGAGAGCAAAAGGGAAAGUCCAUCAUCUUCCUGCAGGAUACGAUCACUGAUCACCUCCCUACCCAAGUGAAUGGCAAAGAUUCUUCCACUGUGGAGCAUUCCAACAGUUGCCCUCCAGAGGUAUCUCCUGUACCUCCUGCCAAACCUGCCCGGAGAAACAGCUCGGGCAUUCAGCUGGAGAAAGAUCUCAAGGAGUUCAAGGACAAAAUUCAGACCCCUGCAUCCAGUGACCUAAGCAAUCCCACAGCAAGAAUGGAUGAAGUAGAUGUCCCCCUAGUAGCCUCCAUGGAUGUGGACACUCCUACAUACCUUUCCAAGACUGCCCUGCCAACUUUGGUUCUGAAGAGAGAUGUUGUAUGGGAUGAGGAUACACCCAAACCCGCAUUCACACAGAAUAGCCUGGAGCAGAGUUCCAGCGAACCCCAGCAGCAGGCAUCUCCGGGCAAGAGCCGGAAACAAAGCCCAUAUAUCAGCCGUACACCAUAUUCUCUUCGUGUAAGUGAAGUUCUUUCUGGAUCUGGUGCUUCACAAAAGGACCGUUCAAAAUCCCCCAUGGAUCUGUUGCUGGCUGCUAAGCAGAGGAAUCAAAAUAGAUCUAGUCUGUCCAUACAGAGCAGCAACAAUAAUAGCAGCAACAUAUCCUCUUCGGUAAGUAUUCACCAAAGCGAAUCAAGUCCAAACUCCUUCACUGUGGUUCCCAAGAGCAGUGGAAGAGAAACAACUUUAGGAACUCCCAUUUCUAGUUCUUAUAAACCAUUUGACCCAGAACCAUCCAUGUCGCCGUUAACUAUUCCAGCAGUUCGCAGUGAAACACCAGCUGUGAUUUUGCAGCCUAUUAAGAAGGUACAGAGUUCUGAACUGCUACAAAGUGAAGAAUGUGCUUCAACAGACGUGGUACAGAGACUUCUGCACUCUCCAAAACAUGCUCCUAGCAGUACCCUAAUGGUGGAUCUCCUGGAGAAACAUGAUACAGAGUCUCCUGUGCCCUCCCCGUCUGUCAGGGAUGAAGAAAAUGGGGAAGACCUCUUUAUCCCAUUCAUCCCUCCCCCUCCAGAAUUUGCCAACUCAGACACGGAGGAGGAAAGCAUUCCUGCUCCAAAAAAACCACCUCCCAGCCUGCCUCCAUCCACACCCAUCCAGCAGAAAAGCAACCUGAUCCUGUCUUCUAGUGAAAAGGUCAGCACUCCUGCAGCCACAAUUGUGAAUAAAACCAAAGGUCCCCCCCCUCCACCAAAACCUGUUCUGAAAUCUAUGGGUCUUCCUCGAUUUCCAGCCUCUAACACCAGCUUAAAGGCGGCAGUGCAGACCCAACAAAAGGCCCCCAUGCAGGUCCCUGCAAAGCAAAACAAACCACCUCCUCCACCUAAUCCAGUCCUCAAACCUGCUCCAACUCCCAGCCAGAUGACCCUUCAGAGCAUCCUGCAGAAGAAGAUGCUUGAGAUGGAUCUGAAGCCCACAUUUCAAGAAGUGGACACCAACCCUGAUGAGUGGGGGACGUCCCAGUCUGAUGAUGAGAGCAGUCACCCAGUGAAGCCCAAGUCUCAACAGAAGGACAAGAAUGCCAAUUCCCAAGUCAAGCAAUCCCAGGGACAGGACCUGAGGACCAAGAAUGAACUUGCCUCCAAAGUGAAAAAACCUAUGGCUUCACCCACAUCUACAAGGCCAGACACCAGUGGCCUAGACAAGUCUAAACAGGCCUAUGGCAUGACCUUCACUGUGCGUCCCGGAACCAAGCAGCCCAUUACCCCUGUAAGCAAAGGAGAGUCUAUGUGAGGUUAUGGGGAUCCACUGGACAUUUCUGGAUCACGCAAGACCAUUGAAACAGUUUUCAGGGAAUGCCUGUUGGAGUAAUAGAAAGCGUUAUAUUAAGAGGAGAGUCAACAAGACUUAAAGAGACUGAGAAGAAUGUAACAGCACUUAUGACGAGAAAAAAGAACCGGUCUGUCUUCGGAUUUUAAGAAUAGAUUAUACAGUAUAUGUAAUGCAGGUCUUGGAGUGGAAGAAUAUAUACAAAAAAUGAAGCAAGCCUGCUGUAAAUCUCAAGGAUGUGCCUUUUUACAAAAGGGGCUUUCUAAGAUACUGGCAGUGUUGCUUUUGUCUGACUGGAAUGGUGGCUGUACAUGAAAUCCACCUACAUAUUACUAAUGUCGGAUGUCUUCGGUGUUUUGCCAAAUUACUGUGCAUAUCCAUGUUAUUAGUUGUAUGUCACAAUUUUUUGUUAAGAAUUUUAUUCUCUCAUGGCCAAAUUACUACUCGAGUCUUUAAAAGAAAAGAAAUAAGGAGAGUGAAAUGUUUCUCGCCUGUAUAUUUUAUAUCAAAGCGGGUGAUAUUUUUUUCUUGUAAACUAUACAUUUGUUUUUUGUAGCUGUGAAAUGUAAAGAACUAUAUUCCCCACUUUAAACCACAGAGAGUAAGUUGCAGAAAGCUUCAAGUUACAAAGGUACUAAGUUGUUCUUAAAUCUUAAACUGAAUUAUCUAAAUUGUGAGCUUUGCUGUAUAUUUCUUGCAAACACUUUUAUGGUGAGAACUUUGUUAAGGUAAUUCAUUGAAUUUAGCUUAUUUAAUGAAUUCACUGGAGGAGUGAAUGGUAUGGAACAAUCCACACUUGACAGGAGCGGUCUUAUAAUCAAUUCUGGUUAUCGGGACUUCUUGACCUGCAAAUGACUGUAAAUAAGUGUUCAUUACCCUUAGAGAGCUACUGAACCUCCUUAUGCAAUUACAAGAAGACUGUGCCAAAUUAUAAGGAAAUGUGGUCAUUGUGCUGUUAUUCAGUGUUUUUUCUGCCUAAAUGGUACAUAAACGUUGUAAUGAAUGCACAACUAGAUUUAAGGAAUUAAUUCACAAGUCUUGGAAGGGUUACUAAUUACAUGAUUGCCACCAACCUCCAGCUUGGUGGACCAGCUCGUCUUCAGGGGCUACAUAUUUGCAUUUUUCCUUGCUAAAUGUCUUCAUUAUGCAGUUCAAUGAAUUAUUUCUGACCUGCCAUCCCAUAUCCAUGCAGUAAUGUCUGGAACAACACAAUAAAGUACCUAUUUUAUUAUCUGGUUUGUGUAAGAUGCCUUUAAGAAAGGCGUGGCUAGAUUGGUUGAAUCUAAUUGAUUUACCUACCUGAAGCAGGUAAAUGUAACAGGUGCUAUUUCAAGAAAUUUACUGCAUAUAGUCAUGACUAGUCCAGGGGUUUGCAAUACAAUUUCUGGAGUACAGAUGUCUUCUGGUUUUUGUUCCACUUGAGAUCUCAGUUACAUAACAGUUUUAGAAAAAACUGUUUUAAGAAAAUGGGUUAACGACUCAUGUUGUAUUAAGACAGGAGACAAUGGGCCCUGCAGAAUGGUUUAGUCCUUUGGUUAAGCCAUAGUUUUGCCACACUGGGGAAUAAACUAUGUAUCUUUUAUACCAUAGAACGUUUUAAAAAGGUCAUACUAAUAUUGUGGAUUUCUUUCAUUGUAAAUGGAUGAUCUGAUUAAAUGUGACCCUCCUUUAUUCUACUAAUCUAAUGGACAGUAUGCAGUACUGCAUGUGUACAAAGAGUAGGACUGCUUGCUCUGUAGUGUUCUGUUGGAUGAUGCCAUUUUUAUGCCUUUUGUUUUUUGUUAAAAGGGAUGGAAAGAACAAGUCUGUAUAUAGUAGAAUACUGUUGUACAAACUAUUUAACAUUGAAGUAUAAAAAAGUGUAUUUAUGAAUAAAGGGUCAUGACUCUUAA